CACUGAGCAGCUUUUUUUGGCACCCCACCCUUUAUCACCCUCUUCCAUCACUAAUCCAUCCCUUGGGGGGAAGGGCCCUCAAGCCUCCCGGGGGCGAGGCUGCCUUUGCCGGGUGCGGCGGCUACGCGAGGCCGGGGAUUUUGCGGCCUACAUUCUUCCCACCUCAAGGAGACGGUGCCGUCGCCGACACUACUGUUGAACGCCCCCCGCGCCCCUCCCCUCUCUCCCCCCCAAGUCUUCCGCCGCCUCAUCGUUCCUCUCCCCCCCCUUGCAAAAAGGCCCCGGGUAGGAGCGGAGCCCAGCUGAGCCACCUCAGUAGAUAUGAUGGAAGAAUUGCAUAGCCUGGACCCACGACGGCAGGAACUGCUUGAGGCCAGGUUCACUGGAGCAGGUGUUGCAAAGGGUCCAUUAAACAGUGAAUCUUCCAAUCAGAGUUUGUGCAGCGUGGGUUCUCUAAGUGAUAAGGAAUUAGAGACUCCUGAAAAGAAACAGAAUGACCAGCGCAACAGGAAGAGGAAAGGAGAGCCCUUUGAGACGAGUCAAGGAAAAGUUGUCACUCCGAGGGGGCAUAAAAUUAGUGAUUAUUUUGAGUUUGCUGGGGGAAGCGGUCCUGGAACAAGCCCUGGGAGAAGUGUGCCACCUGUUGCGCGAUCAUCACCACAGCAUUCCUUAUCAAAUCCCUUACCUCGGCGAGUGGAGCAGCCGCUUUACGGGGUAGAGAGCAGCGCAGCCAAGGAACUGCAGGAGGAGCAUUCUGCUCUGCCAACGCUAGUGUCGGCGAUGCUGGCGAAACAGCGGCUAGAGGGCGAGCAGCUGGCCCAGAGAGGUGUAAGCCUCUGUUUCCCAUUUACUGCGGCCCAGCAAGGCAGCCCUUCUUCAACAGGUUCAGGAAACACGGAGCAUUCCUGCACUUCCCAGAAACAGAUCUCCGUCCAACAUAAACAGACACAGUCUGAUCUCACAAUGGAGAAAAUAUCUGCACUAGAAAACAGUAAAAACUCUGAUCUGGAAAAGAAAGAAGGAAGAAUAGAUGAUUUAUUAAGAGCAAACUGUGACUUGAGGCGGCAGAUAGACGAACAACAGAAAAUGCUAGAGAAGUACAAAGAACGGUUGAACAGAUGUGUAACAAUGAGCAAGAAGCUGCUUAUAGAAAAGUCAAAGCAAGAAAAGAUGGCAUGCCGAGAUAAGAGCAUGCAGGAUCGGCUGCGGCUGGGUCACUUUGCCACAGUCCGGCAUGGUGCCUCUUACACUGAGCAAUGGACAGAUGGUUAUGCUUUCCAGAACCUUAUCAAGCAACAGGAGAGGAUAAAUUCCCAAAGGGAAGAGAUAGAAAGGCAGCGGAAGAUGUUAGCAAAGCGGAAGCCACCUGCCAUGGGGCAAGUCCCUCCAGCGAGCAAUGAGCAGAAGCAGCGCAAGAACAAGACCAAUGGAGCAGAAAAUGAGGCGUUAACGCUAGCAGAAUAUCAUGAACAAGAAGAAAUCUUCAAGCUCCGGCUAGGUCAUCUGAAAAAGGAAGAAGCAGAGAUCCAGGCAGAACUGGAGCGGCUAGAGAGAGUUAGAAAUCUACAUAUCAGGGAAUUAAAAAGGAUACAUAAUGAAGAUAACUCGCAAUUUAAAGACCAUCCAACACUAAACGACAGAUACUUGUUGCUACAUCUUCUGGGUAGAGGGGGUUUUAGUGAAGUAUAUAAGGCAUUUGAUUUAACGGAACAGAGGUAUGUAGCAGUCAAAAUUCAUCAGUUAAACAAAAACUGGAGGGAUGAGAAGAAAGAGAACUACCACAAACAUGCAUGUAGAGAAUACCGAAUCCACAAAGAGCUGGAUCACCCUCGUAUAGUUAAGCUAUAUGACUACUUUUCGCUGGAUACAGACUCGUUUUGUACGGUGUUAGAAUAUUGUGAGGGGAAUGAUCUGGACUUCUAUCUGAAACAGCACAAACUAAUGACUGAGAAAGAAGCUCGGUCUAUAAUCAUGCAGAUUGUGAAUGCUUUAAAAUAUUUAAAUGAAAUCAAGCCACCCAUUAUUCACUACGAUCUCAAGCCAGGUAACAUCCUCUUGGUGAAUGGUACUGCAUGUGGGGAGAUUAAGAUCACUGAUUUCGGCCUCUCCAAGAUCAUGGACGAUGAUAGUUAUAACUCUGUUGAUGGCAUGGAGUUGACAUCGCAAGGGGCUGGCACUUACUGGUAUCUGCCACCCGAAUGUUUUGUGGUUGGAAAAGAACCUCCAAAGAUUUCAAAUAAAGUUGACGUCUGGUCAGUGGGAGUAAUCUUCUACCAGUGCCUCUAUGGCAGAAAGCCUUUUGGUCACAACCAGUCACAACAAGAUAUUCUGCAGGAGAACACGAUCCUUAAAGCUACAGAAGUGCAGUUUCCUCCAAAGCCAGGAGUCACACCAGAAGCAAAGGCAUUUAUCAGGCGCUGCCUGGCCUACCGAAAAGAGGAUCGGAUAGACGUCCAGCAGUUGGCAUGCGACCCCUACUUGCUUCCACACAUCCGCAAAUCUGUAUCAACAAGCAGCCCAGCAGGAGCUGCCAUUGCCUCAACCUCUGGAUCCUCUAAUAACAGCUCUUCAAACUGAGCAGGAACAAUAAGCCCAAUGAAAAAUGAAAAGGAAAAAAAUGAACCGGAACUGCAGAAAGAAACCAAGAGAGAGACACAUUUUGAAAAGCGGCCUUGGGAUUGGUGCGAGGAAUCUACAGAAGGGCCUCGAGAAACCGGUGUCAAGUGCUUUGUUUUUCCUCUUGCGUUCUUGUCCCAUCUAUAGAGCAAGGCAUUAUCGGUUCUUGGCAAGGAUCUGUGGCAACUUAGCCGAGCUUUGUGGCCGAGGGCGAGGUGGUUGGUUGGUUGGUUGGUUGAUCUUUUGCUGAGCAACUGCAAAAGCAUGACUUGCUGUGGCCGGUAGAGGGAAAAGACAGUUCCAUGGACUGUGAACUUCCAAACACCGUGGACCCAAGGUGUGGCUCCAUGAUGCAAGACGCGCACGCUUCAUGUGGCGAGUUGCGGACUUGGGGGCAGGGUGGGGGAAGAGGCUGGACUUCAGUCCACUGUCAAUAUUUAAAAAAAAUACGUUCUUUUAAAUAAAUUUUUAGGCUAUAGCCCCUUGGAGAGAAGGGGAAGAAAGCACAGAGGUGAUGCGGUGAGGAUUUACCGGGGAACUGGCAUAGGCCUCUCUGCACCCUUUGAAGGGGAAUCAGAGAUUCAGUCUGUUGACAGCACUAGCAUUAGCGUGUUAUCCCAAAUAAUUUCAUUUUUUUAAAGUAACACUUUUUACUGGUUAUAAGGUGAACUAACUAGUAGGUCGAUGUGGCAGCCCCAUUCUCCCUUUUUUCCUUAGUAUGGCCUCCAUUCAGGGACGGAGACCUGUGACUUGGUACCAAGGUUGCAUUGCAGGUUUUUCUCCUCCCCCAAAACUGCUUCUUUGCAACCAUUUGACGGUUAUCCCCCUGCAGAUGGAAUCUGUCUCCCAAAGGGAAAACAUUUAAUUUGGUUUUCCUCAUACGGGGGGAGUCUUUUGGAGGAUGAUCUCUUAAACACCCAUGGAUGCUGGUUCUGCUAAAUCUCUCUCGUUAAACUUCCCAUCUCCCCCCCCCUUUGAUUACUGUGCUAUCUCAGAUGUAUCAGCUACAGUUAAUCAUCUGAAGGAACCCCAUCCUCAAGAGUAAGCUGGCUUUCUGAUCCUGAAACGCUGGGUGUGUACGUUCAUCCAUUAGUAGGUUUUUUAAACGUUCCAGCCUUGUUCCUGACUUCUCCCCUUCUGGGGAAAACAUUAAAACCAAAGACCAAUCCAGUUUCUUGAAACUUGUGGCAGAAUGCUACUCCCACAUGUGGCCACAGUCUUUUGUCUGAUGACCAGAGAAUUGGAUUUCUGCUGCAUUGUUGUUGAGUUUUUUUAAAUCCCACCCCAGAUAGGUGCCACAAGCCUCCUGUGAGGAUAGGCGGUUCUCCUUGUGAGUUUGAGAUGUUCUGUGCCUCAGCAACAGGGGAGGUUUGGGGAAGAGUGUAGCAUCUUUCGGCUGUUCAUCAGUUUUCCUUCUAGCGGACUACCUGUUAUCUAUGCCCUUCCUUUUGGUCAGAAAGCCGAAAUUUAACUGAGGUGAGGGAGGGGGCAUGCCACUGGGUUUUCCAGGUUUGACUUGCCUUCUAGUACAUCUUCCAACAUCAUCUUCUCCCCCACCUAUCAAGUCAGCGGUUGCUUCUGAACAUAUAUAGAAGAGAACAUAUAGCUCGAUUCUUUCCCUUUUUCCACCCACCCUCCAAGCAGCACCUGCUAUUCUGUGUGGUGGCGGUAUUAUUUCCAUAUUGUUCACCAAAAUGCAGCUUGGGCCCAUAUAAAUACUGUCAGAAAGUAAAAACUGGUGUCUUGUUGGGAUUGGCAAACCUCCCCUUUCCACCUCCCUUAUCUUAGCCAGUUUGAGGCAGGGGGUGUUUUGUUUCCCUUUUUCCCCUGCCAUUGAACUGAAGAUACUGCAACCCUUGUCCUUGUCCAAGCGUAAGCCUUUAGCUUUCCUGCCUUAGCAACCGCUCCAAAAGCAUGUCUUCACUUUGGACAGGUUAAAAUUUGCAUCCAUAAUUCUUGAUCAUCCACAGAGAGCCCUGACCUCAAAAGUUUAAAGGUUUCAAAAAUGUCCAACCCAGCUUUUGGCCAUGCAUUUAUUUCCUUUUUCCUUAUGGAUUGGGGCUUUCAAGAGUUCCCGUUGGUGCCUCAGCAGGACAUCUUAAGCCAGCCAGCCUUUUACCUUGUUCUGUGGCAUUCACAAUCAAAACAGGUUGUUUCACUUUGGAUGAAAACAGAUUGUAACUCCUCCCCCCUUUAUUUUUAAUAAAGCUGUUGCUAAAAUGA